AUGGGAAAUUCAGAAUCUAGAAAUAAUAAUUUGGACGCUUUCGAAAGUAUUACUGCCGACAAUAAAAAUAAUAAAAGCGUUAUAGUUAGUUAUGCAAAGUCAGUCGAUGGAAUUGUUCGUAAUGAAAUUUCUGAGAAAUUUCACAAAGAAACAAAACACACAAUGAAUCCAAUCGAAUUCAACUCAUUCCAAUAUAAUACUUCAACUGACCUGUUGAAAAUGAAUUUGUCAAUUGCCGCAUUGGCAAAACGCUAUUGCAAUAUUGCUAAAGGCGUUGUACAAUCACCUAUUUGUGAUAAAUAUACAGAGGUAGAAGAAGAUGCUUCGGCAGUAAAUUUCAAUUAUAUUAGUAACUUUUUAGAAUACGCUUAUUAUCGUUCGAUUAACAACAGCAUCAAUGAUAGAAUUAAAAACAAGAAAAAUGUGAAAUUAAUAGAAAUUGAUAGCGAGAUUAUUGAUGCUUUGAUUAUGAUGAAAUAUGAAAUCGAAUCAUUGAAAGAAUCCUCAACAACUCAAAAAGAGAAAAAUGACUUGGAAAAAUUACACAAAAUCCUAGAUUGUUUCAAUAAUAAUGAAAAUACUGAUUGGAAAAAUAUUUCAGAAAGUCUCCUUGGCUUUAUUAAUGAACAAGUAAAAAACUUCGAUCACCUGACAGAAAAAAGCUUUGAAGCCUUUAUGUCAGCGUUAAGUUUAUACGUGUUUUCUUCUUUACGUGAAGGUGUCUUCUCCAAUGAAGAUCUUGAUCAAAUCACCAAAGUUAUUAAUGGCGUUUGUAAGAAUUUGCAAAAAUGUUUCACAACUUUACAUCUAGACAAUUCGGAAGCAUCUUUUAAACGUGAUCAAGCACCAUAUUUUGGUAUUGAUAGACUACCAGGCGUUGGUCCCGUUGAUAUUUUUGCAGCUUUAAUUCAAGGUUUAAAAUCUGUCGUAAUUCAAAAACUAAAAUGUGAAGAAACCAAUUCUGUCAUGUCGAUUGACGCAACAACAUCAUCUUCUGGAAAUGCAGGUGAAAAUCAUUGUAUACUUAAAGGAUGCAAUCAAUUAAAAUUGACAAAACCAGCAUCAUUUCAACAUUUCGAUAAAGAAAAUAAUGUUAGAUUUGAAAUAGAAGUUAAGAUUCCCAUAAUUUAUCAAUUAGAUUCAUCAGAUCCACAUCGUGCUUGGGAUUAUCUAAGUGAAAUUUGGGAAUUUAAACCACUCGAACACACGAUUUAUUUCUCGCCUUUGGUUUAUCGAAUUGUUACUGAAUUAUCUGCUAUUUAUUCUGUUCUCGAGAAUGUACAUCAAGAAAUAGCCAAAGAAACUUCUACUCAAGUAUCAUCAUCAACCCAAACGAAUGAGGGUGCAAUUAUAACUACUGUAACAACAGUAACAACUAAAAUUAUGAUACCAAAACAAUUUUUGUAUAGCGAUUAUGCUAGAUUCAAAAAAACUUUUAGAAGAAGGCUUUAUUAUGUUGCACAUGUAGAUAGAAUAAAAGAUAUCAUAUUAGAAGUUCAAGAACCUUGGGUCCAAGUUGUUUAA